UGUGUGUUUGUACAAGGAGGCGUUUUGAUUCCUUGAGUGGGCAUCACGCACAUGACGAGCACACGGACACUGAAGCGCACAAAGACUUCAUUUGUGGCACACUGACGCACACUCUCGCAGUAAUAAGCCAUGCAAAUGAGCGCGCAGGAGCCCGGCGCAGUGUGCAAAUGGCAUCAGUGCGCGUAACCACGCCGCGCCGGUCGGUUGGAGUGUUUUGGUGAAGCCGCUACUUCGAUGAGCAACGGACGAGAGACGGGCUCGGUACACGAUUCUCCCGUCGGACUAUGCCUUCCCCAGCUCGGGAGGAAAGCAACGGGGAGAGAGGACAGGCGAAGGACGGAGCAGCGGAGAGAGGCGACGACGCAGGCGGACGGCUCGUGUGCGCUCUGGAGAUGGAGAUGACAAACCGCAGCCCGCACGGCGACUCCAAAGUGGAUUAUGUCAAUAACUGCGAUGGCUUGGUCGGUCGGAACUGCGGGGACUCUGCUCAAGUGUCCGUGCCGCUGUCACUUCACGGGAAGCGGACAACUCACAUGGAGGGAGACGACCUGUACAGACUGCGGGACAGAAAGUUGUUAUUAGAGGACAGAAAGCGUCUGUGCGCAUUGGCGCUGGGCACCGCUCUGCUCGGGAUACUGCUCAUGAUAAUCCACGCCGAAAUGUGUCCCUUUGUUUAUAAACCGGGCUCAAAUGCCGCCUUAGUCAUCAACUCUUCCAUCAGCCUGUCCACUGGGUGUCUCCUGAUCCUCAUUAUAGCUUUCCAUUAUAAAGACGUCAGGCUGUUUGUCAUUGACAACCACAACCAGGUGGACUGGAGAAUUGCCAUGACCAGCCACAGGGUCCUUGUGAUCACCCUGGAGCUGCUGGUCUGCACCAUCCAUCCCGUUGGAUCGUACUGGGAGGAAGGCCCCCGCAGCAACUCCUCUUCUUCAGCUCAGCUCUGCGUUUCCAGCCACCACGGCGAGGCCCUGCUGGGGAUGGAGCUGCUGUUCUCAGUGCUGAUGUUCCUGCGGCUGUACUUGGUGCACAGAGCCAUCCUGCUGCACAGCAAAAUGCUGCUGAGCGCCUCCUACAGGAGCAUAGGCUCCCUCAACAAUAUCAACUUCACCUUUCGCUUCGUUCUCAAGGUACUGAUGAACCAGCACCCGGCACGCACACUGCUGGUCUUCAUCCUGUUCUUCUGGCUCACUGCGUCCUGGAUGCUUACUCUGUGUGAAAGGCAGACCCAGGCUUCCACCGGCCACAUGGAAACAGCUCUGUGGCUCAUAGCGAUCACCUUCCUCACUGUGGGCUACGGCGAUGUGGCACCGAAGACCAGCUGUGGCAAGGCAGUGUGUCUCUUCACGGGAGUCAUGGGUGUAGCCUGCACCGCCAUGCUGGUCGCAAUCGUAACAGAGAAGCUGGCGCUGAACAAAGGAGAGAAACACGUGCACUACUUCAUGCUGGACAUCCAGAUCUCCAAAAGGAUCCGCCACGCAGCUGCUAAUGUGCUAAGAGAAUGCUGGCUCCUGCACCGCACCAACCUGACGAAGGGCAACCGCGGCGAGCACCGAAGACACCAGAGAUGCCUUCUGGAGGCCAUCAGAGUAUUUCGCAAUUUACGCCUCAAACAAAGAAAACUGAGAGAUUACGUCAGCGAAAUGGUGGACCUCCCUAAGAUGCAGAUGAUCAUGUGCGACCUCAGUGCCAAUUGGAACAACUCCUAUCGGGAGCUGGAGCAGCGCAUCCUCUCCAUGGAGCAGAAGCUGGACGAGCUGAGUCGCUGCUUCCAACAAAGCUCCGAGCUGCUGUCUCAGGUCCUACGACACCGCGACCCAGAAAUCAGGUAACAACACGCUGCAGGAUGUGGUGUCUAAGCUGAAUUGGAACAUCUUAGCUUUGCAGAAUUAUUUCUUUUUUGUUUUUGCAGGUGACAUGGCUGCGCACACACGUGUUGAAGCGACUGCAGCGUUUUCAUCUACAGCAUGCACGAAUCCUCUCCACCCAGAGCUGCUUCAGAUCCUGAACAUGCUGAACCACUUGGAGGACUGGCAUACCUACCAAAGAUCUCAUCUUCUGGCCCAGCGCUGAGUGCACUGCACAAUGACUCACUGCUGUAAAAUUAUACAGAUAAAAUAAGACUUCCAUUCACUGUGGGAAAAUCACUGCAGUUUGAGAAAUCUGUUGUGUGUUUCAGCAGAUGCGUUGUGUGCGACGGUGCACAAAGAACAGAAUUCAACUCAAACGAGGGCCGUGGAAAAUCUUGUAAUCCACAAUAACAAAGGAUCUCUAAACUGCUAUUUGUAAGAUUCUAUUGAUGAACUCUAUUAUUGCCUUAUUCCUGUGGAAUGAGAUAUAUAUACUGUAUAUUUUAUGUUAAUAUUUUAAUUUUUCCAGUCUUUACCUUAUUGAUUAUUGUUCACAAAUAGGCUGAUCAUACAUAAUACAGUAUUUAACAAUUCCUCAGCAUUCUGCUCCCCUUUAACCCUCCAAGUGAAAUGUGGAUGACAUUGUGUGUUUUGACAAUCAAUGGAGAGAAGAAACUAAACGUCAAUUCCAAAUAUUGUGGUGAGAAAGCUUUAUUUAAAACUGUCAGUCCGUUGGAUUUCAUCGGCUUUCAACCAGAACUCACAGAUUAACGUCUACAUUUUAGGUUGUAAUCAUCUGAUGUAGGAAAAGCAUCCGGCAGUUUACACCUGUUCUGAGAACAAUUAAACUUGAGCUCAAGUCGUCUUGCUUGCUCAUCUUUUAGCAACCCAACUGCUCCAUCUAGUGGACAUGAAAUAACAAAUUAUUUUGUACUAUUAAAGUUAAGAUCGUGACGAUUAUAUAACAACCAUUAAAAAAGUUCUAUGCUAUUUUCAACCUGAAUAUCAAGACCUCUUCGGUAUCUCAAAGGAGCGCAAAGUCUGAAUUGGCUAAACUAACAGAAAACAGGAGGGCUCAAACUUCCACACAAACCUCACUGAGAAGAAUGCACUUUGUGACAAAACAAUUGCAAAACUGGACUUACUUUUUUCUGGAGGAUAAACUGGAGUUUUGAUGUGUUUUAACUGAAUCCAAUACUGAAAACGGUUCCCUAUAGGUUCAUUUGUACUCAAAAGAACAUAUAAGGAACUUACUCUCACCCUGUUUACUAUGUAUCAUUUGCACAUGGUGAAAACAACCAGCCAGGACAUGCUCAGAUUCCAAAGCCAUUAAGAAAUGAAUGUGUUUUUGCUUUGAUUUUGUCUCUUGGUAACAUGAAUUAAACAAAAAUAGUGACAA